AUGACGUCUCAACAAGCAAAGCAGCAACUCCCGGGCCUCUCACGCCCUGAUACGCCUCUGGACAAGCCACUACAACCGAGCGCUUUUCCGUCUUCAGUAGACCACGCACCUGGAACGAAGCCACAAUGUCAGGUCGAGCGACUACAUAUCAAAGUCGAAGAUGGCCCAGACGGCAAGGUGACCGGCUUUUUACAUUCUCCCUCCCCGUACCGACCUGGCCAGCACAGCAAAACCGCAGCAGUGCUACUCUCUGGCGCGGGUGGCGGCGUUGUCGGGCCAAGCUCAAUGUACCUCAGUAUGGCCGACAAGCUGGCCAGUUUACCCAACCAAGCCGUCCUGGCUCUCCGGCUAGACUACCGUUACCCCGCGCGGAACAAGUACUGCGUGCCUGACGUCAAAGCCGCGGUCGACUUUCUGCAGCGCGAAAAGCAGAUCGAGAAGGUCGUGCUGGUGGGCUGGAGUUUCGGCAGUGCUCCCGUGUUCACCUUCGCUGCGCAAGAUCAAAGGUGCAGUGCCGCCGCGGUCGUGGCACCGCAGACGGCAGAAACGGAGGGCAUGUACAAGAUGCCGCCCCGGCCUGUAUUGCUUUGUCACGGAACGGGAGAUCGGACGUUGUCGCAUAGCUGCUCGAAGCGGCUGCAGGGUAUGUAUCGGGAUGCGGAUGCUGCUGGGAAAGGUGUUGUAAAAUUGAUGCUGUUUGAUGGCGACGAUCAUGCUUUGACUAAGAAUGCUGUGGAGGCGGAGAGGCUCAUUACGGAGUUCAUUAUGCGGAGGGCAGGUGUUGAGUUGAGCGAGGAGGCUGUGAAGAAGGCAGGAGAGCAAUUGCUACCGGCGAGCAAGGAGGAGAAGGUUGAGCUGAUGAAGAAGGGUGGUGAUCUAAAAGGUCCGGAGAGCGUAGAUUGA